AUUGUAAAGGAGCAAAAUAAUAUUAUAAGUGAUGCUAAAUCUAGUGCUAUCAUUGAAAAAGAUCAAAUUGAAGUAAUUGUGGACGAUCAAAGAAAAAUAUCACCUAUUAUUAAUACUACUGACGUAUUUGAAUCUAUCUGUUUGGAUACUACUAAAGUCCAUAAUAAUUAUGAAAUGGCUACAAAAUCUAUCUAUAAAUGGUUUAUUUGCUUGAUUGAAAAGUUAAAUAUUAUGAUUGAAGAUGGUGAUUGUGUCAGUCACAUCGAUGAAUUUAUUAUUAGAGAAGGAGUUCAGCUUCGAGCUAUCAUUGAUAAAUAUGAACAUGAAUUAACUAGUUUUAUAUCUACGGAUAUUAUCAUAUCGAAAUAUUAUAACUGGAACUCGUUUUAUUAUAGACUUCAUAAUGCUGUUACAUCUCAAAUUGAUUUAAUCAAGACAUCUAUAACUAAAUCUUUUGCAGAAGACAAUAAAUCUAUUAACAAAAUCGAUGUCUGUUUGGCAAAAGACAGAUUUGAAAAAAUUGUGGAUUCUGAAUUAACAGUAGUCAAGGAGCAUAUUUAUGAAUUUGAAGAAUCAAUCUCCUCUAAGGCUCAAAAAGAUCUUAUUUACAAAGAACUUGUUUAUGAAUCGAUUGAAACGGCUCAAGAAGAAAUAAAAAAGUCCUUUUCUCACGCUAUUAGUAUAACGCAGAAAAAAUUUUCAUCUUGGUUUAUUAUUUUCUUCAAAAAAAUCCGAAAUAUUAAUAUUGAAUCAUUCAACAAUGAUGAUAAUGCAUAUAAGGAGAUUGAAAUAAUCAUUAACACUGCAAUUACUGAAGUAGAUACUAUUAUCAAGGAAUCUAAAUCAUUAUUUAAUUUCAAAUAUGCGAUCUCUGGAGAUUUAUACACUAAGAUUGCCAAAAAUGUUGAAAACUCUCAAAAACAAGCAUUUACCUCUUUGGAUAUUAUUUAUACCCUUGUUACUGAGCAAAUAUUCUCUAUAAAAGAAGCUUUUUUGACAGCUGACGCUAAAAUAAUAGAAGAAAAUGGUAAAGCUAUUACCUGGGUAAAGAAUGAUCAGAUUUUAGAUGAUUUUAAGGACGUCAAGAUAGUUGCAUUCGAUUUGAUAGAUACCGUAGUUAAUUAUCGUUCUACUAUUUCUAAGGCUUGGUAUAAACUUGCUAAUACGAAGAAAAAUGCCUGUAGCUUAACUCAUAUUGAUGUUGAUUCUCUAAUUAUUCGAUGGUACUAUCUUUAUCUUGAACAACGAUUAAGGGCUAUACACUCUGAAAUGGAUAUUACUAUUCUUAUUGCUGCAUUAAAAAUAGUUUUAUCUGAAUUCUCAAUUGAAUCAUCUUUUAAUGAAUCUGACUUCAAGACUCUUUCUUCUGCAUGGUUUAACUUAGAACUCUUUGAAGAUGCUUCUUCUAGUAUUCGAAAGAUUAAACAACUUGAUGGUAUAUAUGUUAUCGCGAUUUCUCAUUCUUUUACUAUCAGUACUCUAAUGAGCCUUGCUCGUAGUGGUUGCCUUUGCUGGCACGCACAGUUUACAGCUGACAUGUUUGCAGCAUGUGCAAUCCGCAAUUGCACAAGUCCAGAGGAGUCUGUAAUUUCAAACACUGCUAUGCUUCUUGGAUUGAAAAAAGCAAAUGAACUUGCUAUUAUCUCUUCCAAUCCUGAUAUUCUUAAAGCUGCUAAAGCCUAUGGUUCAAAGGCUGUCUUCCUUAGCCGCUUUGAAGAUGUUAAAAAGAAAAUCAUACUUUUGAUGUAAAUUUUGACAAUUUAGAUGUCUUCGCCGAAAGCUUUGAAACAUUUUAUAAACGCAAGUCCAUCUCUACUCACGCUAAAGUUCCUGUUGCUUCUCACUCAUGGUUCCAAAAAAUAG